AUGAAGGGCAUAUACCUAAUCGCCAUCGCCACCGUUUUCCUGGCGUCAUGGAGCGCGAUCGCCGCAGAGGUGGAAGAAUUCGGCAAAAUCCCCACAAAAUGUCCAGCCAAAGACCCGAAGAACACCACGAUCCAUCUCGCACACGAGACAGACUGUACGAAGUUCUACACGUGCCAAGCGGGCAAGAAGAUACUGCAAAAAUGUCCCAAGAUGAACAAGGAGGGUGACAGAUUGCAUUUCAAUCCGCGUCUUCAAGUCUGCGAUUGGCCACAGAAAGCUGGUUGUAGGUAUAAGGAUUCUGGCAAAGACCAAGCUAAAGCGGAGGACGUACAGUUUGUUCCUGUUGAAGAGCUCCAUGAGUCAACCUUUAAAUGUAAAAUUCCUACAAAGUGUCCAGCCAAGGACCCGAAGAACACCACAAUCCACCUCGCACACGAGAGAGACUGUACGAAGUUCUACAAGUGCCAAGCGGGCAAGAAAAUACUGCAACAAUGUGCCAAGAUGAACAAAAAAGGCGACAGACUGCACUUCAACCCAUGUCUUCAAGUCUGCGAUUGGCCACAGACAGCUGGUUGCGAAUACAAGGACUCUGACGAAGACCAUGCUAAAGCGGAGAACGAACAAUUUGUUCCUGUUGAAGAGCUCCAUGAGUCAACUCUUAAAUGUAAAAUUCCUACAAAGUGUCCAGCUAAGGAUCCGAAGAACACUACAAUCCACCUCGCACACGAGACAGACUGUACGAAGUUCUACAAGUGCCAAGCGGGCAAGAAAAUACUGCAACAAUGUGCCAAGAUGAACAAAAAAGGCGACAGGCUACACUUCAACCCAUGUCUUCAAGUCUGCGAUUGGCCACAGAAUGCUGGUUGCAAGUAUAAGAAAUCUGACGGGGACCAAGCCGAAGCGAUGAACGAAGAAUUUAUUUCAAAGGUAAAUCACAAAAGGGUAGCUCGCAUGGUAAAUGCUCGUAAUGAAUGCCCUGAUAGAAAUCCUGGUAACACUACGAUCCUUCUCCCGCACGAUUAUGAUUGCACAAAGUUUUACAUGUGUCUCGGAAGUGAAAAAGUAGAACAAGUUUGUCCCUACAUGAACGAGGAGGGUGACCGGUUGCAUUUCAACCCGCGUACCAACGUUUGCGAUUGGCCAAACAAUGCUGGUUGCGAAGGCGAGGAUCUCGACAAUGAUGUACCGUCUAUCACAGAUGAUGACGAAGAAAAUGAAGAAAUACGGAAAAUCCCCACAAAAUGCCCAGCCAAGGACCCGAAGCACACAACAAUCCAUUUAGCACAUGAGUACGACUGCACGAAAUUUUAUAUGUGCCAAGCGGGCAGGAAGAUCCUGAGAAAAUGUCCCUACAUGGACAAAAAUGGUAACAGACUGCAUUUCAACCCACGUCUUCAAGUUUGCGAUUGGCCAGAGCAUGCGGGUUGUCGGUCAAGUCCUCCUGGAGACGAUUGUCCUAAAGGCAGCGAUGGUCUUUUGCUACCUCACCAAUGUAAUUGCGCCAUGUUCUAUGAAUGUGUGAAGGGUGACAAGGUCUUGCGUGAGUGUGCAGACGGCCUGUACUUUAGCAAAAAGUACCAGGGCUGUGUUAAGAUCGAGGAUUCUGACUGCAGGAGGAAGGAGCCGCCACCUAAAUGCACCCGGAAUGGCGAGUUGAUACCUCACGAGUGCGACUGUGGGAAAUAUUACAAAUGUCGGAAAGACGAUAAGGUGCUGCAAUGGUGCGACGAAGGUUUACACUUUAGCCCAACACGACGUAAAUGCGAAGAUCCGGAUAAAGCCGGUUGCAAGGAUCCAGACAAGCCGAUUGGACCUGGCGACUGCCCGAAUUCUAAGGACCCGUGGCGUCACGAGUGCGACUGUAGAUUGUUCUACAAGUGCGAAAAUGGAAAGAAACGUCUGUACGAGUGUCCCUGGGGAUAUUACUACAAUCCGAAAUAUGAUACGUGCAGCCCUCAAGAACAAGUAAAGGAUUGUAAAAAUCAUAACGAUCGGAACGAUUAA